UCAUUACCUGCUUUUCGACUAGUUCGUUCAAUCUCUCCAACAGAAACAAGAAGAGAAAAAAAAGAAAACAUACCCGAAGGACACGCCUCAUGUACCACCAGGAAUAGAUUGGACUUCACACUCUCUUGGCCUCUCAAAUUUACGGAUACAAGUCGAACUUGAGAUACAUCUUUCCCAACAUUGAACCAGACAAUCCUGAUGGCCGAUAUCAGGCUGGAAGACAUUUUAGCUGGUCGCCACCUUUCGCCUUACACUCUGGGUGAAUUUGAAGAGCACUUGGUGCACGUCCAACACUCGGCAGAAAACCUUUAUUUUUACUUUUGGCUUUCUGAUUACACCAAGCAGUACAGAGACUGGCAAGCCAGUUUCAACGAGCGCAAAGAAUCACUUACCCCAAUACCUGAUAACGUUACAAGUCCAGACGGCCACUCGAAAUGCGCAAUCCGAGAAUCUUUAAGACUCACGCGAAAUGGAGUUGCUCGGCUUGUACCGAUGUUUGUUCGAAAAGCCCUGGCUAGCAAACCCACAGCUGAAACUACAUCUCAACCCGGGUUGCAUGCAGAACUCCAACUUGCCCCACUUCCUCAAGAUUUGUCGAACACUCCAGUACCCGAAGAAUUAAUGAAGUCUUUUGAAAGUCUUCAGUCAUUUAUCCUUCCCCCACGUCAAUCAAAUCAGGCGCUCCACGACUUCGAGUUUGAAUUAAACAUUUCUCAACAAUUGAAAGAUCAAUUCAGGCUUCAAGCUGAACACUCUCUGGAUCCUGAAAUCUUUUCGCCAAUCAAGAAGGAGGUUACAAAUAUGCUAUCAGAUAGCAUGCGCAGCUGGUUGAUGGAUUGUUCUGGGAAUUCGGAUAAAUAUCGAGCACAGUUGACCCUUUGCAUAGGAGCGUUUUGUGUAAUUGUAGCAGUAAUUGGAACCGUGCUUCUCAUGACCAAGACAACCCGCGUGAAGAUCACGUUGUGUUUAAGCCCACUUGUUUGGAUCGGACUGGAAAUAUUUUUUUGUGGAGUAUUCCGAACGUGUCCACUGAUCUUCAUGUUUGGAUCAUUUCGCCAAAUUCACUUCUGGGAACUCGGACGAGCCAAAGAAGCCGCUGCGAUAACCGAGAGGAAUCUUGUGUCCAAACGUCACGACUUCCAUCAAAAUCAAAGCAAGUUGAAUAGCGAAAGUGGCCACGGCUCCUUGACUCCUUCCGAAUACCAGCGAGCAUUUCUUCCAUCAAAAUUUUGGGACUCUGGUUUUCAACUCAAGCCGUCUGACGGAUUAAUCGUUUAUGGACCAGACGAUCGACAUUUACCGCAAGUCUCAAUGUCUAUGGUCUGCUCUUCGCACAACAACACUUCGGCUUCCAGUCCAAUGCAGCCUACCCCUUGCUCCCCAAGGACACAGAAAAUGAAACUUUGGAAGCAGUCACGGUCCACUCAAUUGCACGGCUCCUCCGCUCCUAUGUUUGGUCCAUUGACAAAGGUUUUGAGCCCCGUGGCUAUAAAAUCCCAUCGGCUCAGUAUUCUCAAAAGCAUCGUUUUAGCAACACUAUUGACUGCCGCAUGGAUCUUGAUUUGUCUUCUGGUCCACACUCGCCAUAUCCCGUUUUUUCCCAAAGUGUCUCCGAAAUUGAGGAAAGAAUAAGAACAACGACCCGCGCCUUCUACUGAGCCUUCUUCCUUACUACUGCCAACUCACACUGACAUUCUGUCACGAUUGAACAAUUCCUCGCGAACUUCAGAAGUUACAUUCACAUUAACACUCCCAAAUCUCCCCUCAAACUAACGUGGCAAGACCACAAACACAUUUCAUUUAUCCCUUAUCUUCCUCGUUCUCAUGACCACAUUAUUAUGUCUUUUUUUGUUCUUCAGUCAACCAUACUAAUCACUUACUUAUUUUGAUAGCAACUAGACAGUACUUCCCAUGUCUGCAAUUUGUUGUUGUUCUGGACUCAAAUUUGACCUUAAUAUUGAACUUCCUCCUGAUCAAAUUUUAUUGAUUUAAAUGCAUAUCAUUUGGCCUCAAG